CCCUCUAUGCACUCUCCCCUGCUUCGAUUCUGUAUAUCCAUGAUCCAUGGCGACAUUAACAGCAGCAGCUCUGCCUUCCUUCUCUUCUCUCAUAGUGCAUAACCCCACGACUCCUCGCUUCUCUCUCCUAUUCCCCACAUCAUCCAAAUCCUCACCUCCAUCACGCCCAUUUCUCUGCCUUUCCUAUAAAGUCGUCCUCCGACCCAGAGCCAAACCCAGUGACAUCGACACCUCCUUCUUCGAUAACCUUGACCCAGAAGAUGACAUCGUUUUCGAUCCCCCAACUCCACCAGAAGGCUUCGUCCCCCCUCCUUCCUUCGACGAUGGCCCCGAGGAGGCUGAAGAAGAUAUUGCCCGGCAUAUAGUGGGGGACGGGUUCGAGGAGAGGGUGGUUCAAGUGAGGAGAGUGACUAAAGUGGUGAAAGGAGGGAAGCAGUUGCAUUUUAGAGCAAUUGUGGUGGUUGGGGACAAGCAGGGUCAGGUGGGUGUUGGUGUUGGAAAAGCCAAGGAGGUGAUUGCUGCUGUACAGAAAUCUGCUGUGAAUGCCAGGAGGAAUAUUAUUACGGUGCCUAUGACCAAGUACUUAACGUUUCCACAUCGGUAAGGAGUUUAAUUCUCUGUUGCUUGCUCGAGUUUCUUUAGCCUAUAGUUAUGUUUAUAUGAAGCUUGAUAAAUGAGAAUGUUGUAUUGUAAGAAAAUUUACUGAAGGCA